AGCAGCAGCCGCCAAGGAGGUUGACAAGAUGCUGGUUAUCUUGGGACUGUUCGUGUCUUUCCUCUCGAUUUUGUACCUGACAGCUCCAUCCAUCAGGAAGUUCUUUGCUGGUGGAGUUUGUACAACGAGUGUGCAGAUUCCCGGAAAGGUAGUGGUCAUCACAGGUGCCAACACAGGCAUUGGCAAGGAGACGGCCAGAGAGCUCGCACGAAGAGGAGCACGAGUAUACAUUGCCUGUCGAGAUGUACUAAAGGGAGAGUCUGCUGCUAGUGACAUCCGAGCAGAUACCAAGAACUCCCAGGUGCUGGUGUGGAAAUUGGACCUAUCUGACACCAAAUCCAUCCGAGCCUUUGCUGAACGCUUCCUGGCAGAGGAAAAGAAGCUCCAUAUUUUGAUCAACAAUGCGGGAGUGAUGAUGUACCCCUAUGCUAAGACAACAGAUGGCUUUGAAACCCACUUUGGAGUCAACCACCUGGGCCAUUUUCUUCUUACAUACCUGCUUUUGGGGCGGCUGAAGGAGUCUGCUCCCGCACGGGUAGUAAACCUAUCCUCAGUGGCCCACCUUGGUGGCAAGAUCCGUUUCCAUGACCUCCAGGGAGAGAAGCGCUACUGCCGUUUUUUCGCUUAUUGUCACAGCAAGCUGGCCAAUGUACUUUUCACCCGAGAGCUGGCCAGGAGGCUCCAAGGAACCGGGGUCACCGCCUACGCGGUACACCCAGGUAUCGUCAUGUCUGAGAUCGUCAGACACUCCUUCCUACUGUGCUUGUUGUGGCGGCUUUUCUCACCCUUCUUCAAGUCCACCCGGCAGGGAGCUCAGACCAGCCUGCACUGCGCCCUGGCAGAGGGCCUGGAGCCCCUGAGCGGCAAGUACUUCCGUGACUGCAAGAGGACCUGGGUGUCCCCAAGGGCCCGGAAUAAGAAGACAGCUGAGCGUCUGUGGAAUGUCAGUUGUGAGCUUCUAGGAAUCCAGUGGGACUAG